GGCUACUUUUGGGGCGAGUAAGAACAACCUCCACUGUGUGUGUGAGAGACAGAGGGAGGGUAAGUUACCAGACUAGAUUGAUCGUGUUCUUGAUCCCAAGAUGCUCGAUCUUUGCUUGUCUUUUCGACGGUUUCUUCUCCAGAUGUACAGAUUUCCUAACUCAGUGUUAGUUGGAGUUAGAGAGCCAUAAGCGUGGGGCCAGAGUAACAGAACUCUUGGCUGUGAGCAAUACAUGGCAUCUGCGAGUUUAAGGCAUGCUGGUGUGGGAAGUUCCAGGGUGGUGAACAGUUUUAAGGGGUCAUCAAGCUCAGUUGAAUGGCUUGGAAGAGAGAUGCUGGAAAUGAAGUUAAAGGAUGCCAGGCUGGAUGCAGAUGAUGAAGAAGAUACUGAGUCAGAAAUUAUUGAUGGAAUUAGUGCUGAAGCUGGACAAAUAAUUGCUGCUACUGUUCGUGGCCGUAAUGGUCAACCAAAGCAGGCAGUUAGUUAUAUAGCAGAACAUGUGGUUGGCACAGGUUCUUUUGGGGUCGUAUUUCAGGCCAAGUGCAGGGAAACUGGGGAGAUAAUGGCUAUCAAGAAGGUUCUUCAAGAUAAACGCUACAAGAACCGGGAAUUACAAAUUAUGCACAUGCUGGACCAUCCAAAUAUUGUUGCUCUUAAGCACUACUUCUUUUCAACUACAAAUAAGGAAGAGGUGUACCUAAACCUUGUAUUGGAGUUUGUACCUGAGACCGUUAAUCGUAUUGCAAGGCAGUACAACAGGAUGAACCAACGCAUGCCUCUCAUAUAUGUGAAACUCUUCACUUACCAGAUAUGUAGAGCACUUGCUUACAUGCAUAAUGCUGUUGGCAUAUGUCAUCGAGAUAUCAAACCACAAAAUUUACUUGUGAAUCCACAUACAUAUCAACUCAAGUUGUGUGAUUUUGGUAGUGCAAAAGUAUUGGUCAAAGGGGAACCUAAUAUCUCUUACAUAUGCUCAAGAUAUUAUCGAGCACCUGAGCUUAUAUUUGGUGCGACUGAGUAUACAACUGCGAUCGACAUGUGGUCCACUGGUUGUGUGAUGGCUGAGUUGUUUCUUGGGCAGCCCCUAUUUCCUGGAGAAAGUGGUGUUGACCAGCUGGUGGAGAUUAUCAAGGUUCUUGGAACACCUACAAGAGAAGAGAUAAAGUGCAUGAAUCCAAACUAUACUGAGUUUAAGUUUCCACAAAUAAAGGCUCAUCCAUGGCACAAGGUUUUCCAAAAGCGGUUGCCGCCAGAAGCAGUUGACCUUGUUUCUAGAUUUCUUCAGUACUCACCAAAUCUGCGGUGCACUGCUCUAGAAGCCUGCUUGCACCCUUUCUUUGAUGAGCUGAGAGACCCAAAUACUCGUCUCCCCAAUGGUCGACCACUUCCUCCUCUCUUCAACUUCAAAUCUCAUGAAGACAACAAAGAGUCACAUGCAACCCAUUAGUAUUUAGCCAUAUAGAUAUUGUCUGACAGAGAUAAGGGGAAUUCCGCCGGAUGUUCUUGAGCGUCUAAUUCCGGAGCAUGCAAGGAAGCAGAGCUUGUUCAUGGCCUUGCACGGUUAGCAGGCUUUGGAGCGUAGCGAACAUGCUCCAAAUGCCUGCUUGUAGAAACUUGGAAGCGGAGCUUCUUCGAUGUACCUUUUCUUUUCUUCACCUUUUCUUAUUUUUCUAGCUUGGAAGGUUUGAAGCCUGUGUGGAGAUGAAAAUGCUUGUAGAAACUUAAAAAAGUCUUUUUACAUAAGAGCAUAUGUGUAUCUUUGUAAAUUUAUUGGGCCUGUGUGGUGGUUAUUUCCGAGAUUC